CACAGACUCUGGAGUGUGAAUUCGUGUAUUCUCGCGAUGAUAGUUCUGGACGUCAUGGUCUACAUAAAACGUUCGAACUCCUCGGCGACAUCUCUUUUGUUAACGGCAUUUUGUUAUCAAUUUGUGAAGUCAACCGAGGAUCAAUAGUCAUGCCUCGCGUCUAUGUUGGAAAAUUGAGUUAUCAUGCUCGAGAAAAAGACAUUCAGAGGUUUUUCAGUGGCUACGGAAAGGUUAUGGAAAUUGAUCUGAAAAAUGGGUAAAUUCAAGUUGAUCAUAUGAAGAGAAUCAGUUGAACAACAAAUAGCUGGCAUGCUAACAUUAGCUUCAUAGCUACUUGGUUUCGGCUAGCUAGCUCUCCCAAAACAUAUAAGUGAAAUAACUAGUUACAUUCACAUUUGCGUUGAUAUUCGUGCAUGUAAUAGCAACUAGAUAACAUUUGUGAUUAUUAGAUGCACAAAUUUGCUUUACUAAAGCAUUUCAUUUUUUUGUAAAGAACUUCGUUAGCUAGCUGACGUUAGCGUGUUCAAAAUGGCUGCUUGUUUAGGCUGCACUGCAGACAGUUUUUUCUUUUUUUGCUGCCAUGUAACUGUUCGCUACCCUAACGUUAGCUAGUUAGCCAAUUAGCUAGUUUCCUCAAAAGCCCCUUUCAUGCACAGGCAAUGAGCCCACUAAUUUACCAUGCUAACUUUUUAUUUAUUUUUACCAGUUUUGGGGUAUAUUUUAAACGAGUAUGGGUUAAAAUAUGCCACAUAUUCUGUCUGAAAUGAGUAUAAACGACUUAAAACUCAUUCGUUUUGCAGUUAUGCUACCCGAAUACAAGGUUAUUAACUUUUUGUUUUAAUCUUUUAGAUAUGGCUUUGUAGAGUUUGAUGACAAUCGCGAUGCGGACGACGCAGUGUAUGAACUGAAUGGCAAGGAGUUGUGCGGGGAGCGUGUGACCGUGGAACAUGCCAGAGGACCGCGGCGCGACCGAGAUGGAUAUAGUGGUGGCGGGGGUGGUCGCAGUAAGUGCAAUCUAUUUCAAUGUUCCCUCUGCCCUUUCCCAAUGGAUCAAGGAAAUGUGAAUGUGGACCGUAUACACACAGACCUGUGAUCCUAAAGUGGAGUUUGACCUAGCUCGCCAAUACUCAAUGGUUUCACCAUUGCGAUAAAGUAAUUAAUGUUAGUAUAAAAGUGUCACCAUUGAGUAUGGUCUAAGUUUGACCCAACUUGGCGCAGACAUCACCUACUGUUUGUUUAGAUGUAAUGAAACCAUGUUUCUAGUGUUUUCUUCCUGGUGGAAUUGUAAACACCUAUAAACAACUGUAUUUAGCUAUUAUGAAGUCACGGCUUUGUCACCAUAUAGCCUAGCUGUAUCGUUAAAUACCAUUACAUGUGAAUUGUAUUUUACGUUUGAUUUCAGCAUUAACAAAGUCCUUGAUGUUUCAAUUUGAAAGAGUCCAGCUGCGGGCUGAGGCUGAGUCCGAGUCCAUUGAGGCUAAGAUGACUGGCUAAGAUGAGACUGCCUGUCCCGUUUGGCCUUGGCUUUCACCUUACAAUGUGUGUGUGACCUAUGCCCCUUGACCCUUGGCUGACCUAACCGGAAGCCAUGAUGACAGCAUCCUUUUGCCAAUAGACCAGGGGUGAUGGUGAGGAUUCCCAUUGGUUUCUAUGUUGAAAGAAUAAGUGGGGCGGCUUUAAGUCAAAAACAUGUUACCGCUCGCUGUAAGUGGGCAAACCAACUGAAUUGCCCCCAGUUUGACAACCGGUUAGGCUAAGUCAUGGGGAAAACUUUUGUAGCGUUAUGUCAGUUGACACGCUUACUAAAUGUGAUACAAGUUUUUGACAGCGACUUUGUGGGAGCCUCUAUUUGUCUUUCAGGAUUCAAUGGUUUGUAAGAAGAAGAACAUCAAUGUCCAUUUGUUUGUACGGCUAAAGAAUUGCACUUAUUAAACAUUUGUCAGACUGGCUGUAUGUUGCUGGUAACAGAUGCAGUGGUGUUCUUUGCACAGCAGUGAACUACUUCAGAGGCGAUACAGUGAGGAGAAUAUAAACUGACAUCCACUAAGACAACAAAUGCCACGGCUUUAAGACCUCAGUCACUUAUUAAGAGGUUUGUCUUGAGAAUGGGUCCAGAUGGACAUCUUACAGGACCUAGGUUAAACAUUACCACACCUUUUAUUCUGGUAGCUGCAUUCUCUGUUUAUGGUCUAAUCCACUGAGUGAAAUGCCUAUAUGCCACUCUGUUUUGCUGACUUUUUGUAUAACCUGUCAUUUAAAGGUAGUAGUGGUUACAGCAGCAGCAGAAGCCGCACUGGCAGGGAUAAGUACGGGCCACCUGUCCGUACUGAGUACCGGCUGAUCGUUGAGAAUCUGUCCAGCCGCUGCAGCUGGCAGGAUCUGAAGGUGAGUUGUUGGGACAAUUUUAUAUUUGUAGGUGAGGGACAGGCACUAAAGAUAAACUGCCAGUUACUGUCCAUGGCAGGCCAUUUGUUUCUGAAACAUUUGGGAAAUAUUCAGCGGAGUGGCUCUGCCUCUACAGGAUUUCAUGCGCCAGGCAGGAGAGGUCACGUACGCUGACGCCCACAAGGAGCGUACCAACGAGGGUGUCAUCGAGUUCGGCUCGCGUUCGGACAUGAGAAGGGCCCUGGACAAGCUGGACGGCACGGACAUCAACGGAAGGAAGAUCCGCCUGGUGGAGGAAAAGUCUCGCCGCCGCCGCUCCUACUCUGGCAGCCGCUCCAGGUGAGGCUCUACACACCACCCUGCUCUUUGAGUAGUUUUGAUGAAUUUCUCAUCCAACAUUCUGCUUCCCAUCUGUUGUCACUUUAAAGGGAUGUGUGACAUUUGUAUUCUUGUACCCUCCUGCAGGUCUCGCAGCAGACGUCGCUCUCGUAGCAGGAGCAGCCGCUCCAGGAGUAACUCCAGAUCCCGCUCCCGGUAAGAUGGCCCCCCUGUCUACAAAGUGAUGGUUUAGAUUGGUCAAUAUGGGUACAUUUGAGUCAUUUAGCAGACGCUCUUAUCCAGAGCGACUUACAGUUAGUGAGUGCAUACAAUUAUUUAUUUAUUUUUCAUAAUGAUUGUAACCAAUCGUCAACCCCCUGUAGAUCCCAUUCUCGCAGCAAGAGGCGUCGCUCCAGGUCUGGAAGGAAGUCCCGUUCCCGCAAGUCUCGGUCCCACUCUCGCACCCGCAAAUCCAGAUCCCGCUCCGACAAAAGCAAGUCCCGUUCCAAGAGCCGCUCCAAGGUGAAAUCCGAGCGGGAUUCCCGCAGCCGCUCCAAGGAGAAGUUGGCCAGCAAGAAGUCCCGUAGCCGCUCGGCAUCCCCCAUGGGGAAUGGGAAGGAGGAGCCAUCCUCUCACUCCCCGUCCCCAGCAGCUGACCGUCGCUCCAAGUCUCCGGACAAGCGAUCUGUCUCCCACUCCCCAUCUCGCUCCAGGUCUAGAUCAGCUUCCCGAGAUUAA